AUGAAAAUCAUCAUGCAAGACAAGUUAUCCAUUCUUCUGCUCUGUACCACAGCAGUAGUUAGCGCUGCUAUAUUGCCAGUGACGCAUCAUCUUGGCGACGAUCACGGCCCAGUAGAGUAUCGAUUCGAGUAUUCUGUAAAUGAUGACCAUACUGGUGACUCAAAGCGACAACAUGAAGAACGCCACGGUGAUAAAGUGACCGGCCAGUACAGUCUGAUCGACGCAGAUGGUUAUCGCCGUAUUGUAGAUUACUCUGCCGACAAACAUACGGGAUUUGUAGCUAACGUACACCGUGAGCCUAUUAAAGGAUUCCAUAUGGUCACCACACCAAACAAAGUAAAGGUAGUUCCGGUGGUAAAGUUUGUGAAAUCGAUAACUUUGGCUCCGGUGUUACAUCAUACUGAGCCAGUUCAUCAUGUAAUCCCAGUACAUCACAUAAAGCAUCAUCAGAUUAUUCCACAUAUUCACGUGCAAAACUCGGUAGUGUAUGCGCCUAAACAUGGCAAUAGUGUACACUCUCAUACUAGCUUCAAAAGUGAAAAUGUAAGCUAUCAGUAUUGA